GCGAGUGUCUCGGGGACACUGUCUCCACGGCGAUGGGAUUCCAGUAGUGGCCGCGUCGCCGUCGGGAGAAGCAGGAGCCGCGCCCACCGAGCCAGACGCAACGACGAGCACCAUGCCCGGAGGACACGAAGAGCUGCGGUACCUUAGCGGCUUCGGCAACGAGUUCAGCUCGGAGGACCCCCGCUGCCCCGGGUCGCUGCCGGUCGGACAGAACAGCCCCCAGAAAUGCCCCUACGGGCUGUACGCCGAGCAGCUGUCCGGGACGGCCUUCACAGCUCCCCGGCAGGAGAACCGCCGCAGUUGGCUGUACCGCAUCCGCCCCUCGGCCAUCCACGACCCCUUCAGCCCCGUCAAGGCCGGCCAGUGCCAGCACUUCGCCGCCGUGGACUGGAACGCGCAGCCGCCCAACCCCAACCAGAUGCGCUGGCUGCCGUUCGACGUCCCCGCCGCGGCCACGGACUGGGUGCAGGGCCUCCGCACCGUGUGUGGCGCGGGCGACGCGCGCACCCGCCACGGCCUGGCCGUGCACGUGUACGUCUGCAACGCGAACAUGGUGGACAAGUGCUUCUACAACGCGGACGGAGACCUUCUAAUCGUCCCGCAGCAGGGCACUCUCCGCAUCGUCACGGAGUUCGGCCGCCUGGUGGUGGCGCCUAACGAGAUAUGCGUGAUCCAGCAAGGCAUGCGCUUCUCCGUGGCAGUCGGCGGCCCGUCCCGCGGCUACGUGCUGGAGGUGUUCGACAACCACUUCCAGCUGCCCGACCUGGGGCCGAUAGGCGCCAAUGGCCUCGCCAACCCCCGCGACUUCCUCACGCCGACGGCCUGGUUCGAGGACCGCGAGGUGCAGGGCUACACGGUAGCGUCCAAGUACCAGGGCCACGUGUUCGAGGCCAAGCAAGGCCACAGCCCGUUCGACGUGGUCGCCUGGCACGGCAACUACGUCCCCUUCAAGUACGAUCUGGCCAAGUUCAUGGUCAUCAACGCAGUCGCCUUCGAUCAUGCCGACCCGUCGAUCUUCACCGUGCUCACCUGCCCGUCUCACCGGCCGGGCACCGCCAUCGCGGACUUCGUCAUCUUCCCGCCGCGCUGGUCCGUGCAGGAGCACACCUUCCGGCCGCCCUACUACCACCGGAACUGCAUGAGCGAGUUCAUGGGGCUGAUCCUGGGCCGCUACGAGGCCAAGGAGGAAGGCUUCAUGCCGGGCGGCGCCACGCUGCACUCCAUGAUGACGCCGCACGGCCCGGACGCGCAGUGUUUCCAGGCCAACACGGAGGCCGCCCUCAAGCCGGAGCGGGUGGCAGAAGGCACGCAGGCGUUCAUGUUCGAGUCGUCGCUGAGUCUCGCCGUCACCAAGUGGGGCGAGGAGACGUGCCAGAAGCUCGACGCCAACUACUACAAGUGCUGGAAGUCCCUUCGCAAGCACUUCGACCCGACAAAGCCUUGAAGAACAAAAAUUGCUAGUUUGGUGUGUCCGUGGGGUGACGAGGCGUGCAUGUAAAACCCGUGGGAUAGAUCAACACAGUUCGUUUUAAAUUGAAACAGAAAAUUUAAUAAUAUAAUGAGUAACAAGAUGUGUAUACAACUGCAGAACAAAAAUUCCAAAAACAUAAAAAAAUAAGUUGGUGACCAGACCAGGGAAACUGAGGUUUAAUUGCCUCGAGGUGAAGCUAUGUUCGUGAAGACCAUGAUGAAAUAAGGGGUUGGCAUCCGUCGAUAGUGGAACCAAUGUUCCGUGGGGGGAAAAGGCAAUGGAAAAUAGGUUUAUUUCAUCUACGGCAUUUUUAUCUUGCGAGCACAGCGUGCUUCUGACUAGAACGAAGUUUAAUAGAAGUGGAAACAUUCUUUGUAUUCUAACCUUAAUACGGUUCAUGAUUCUGAACUUACGGAAUGCCAACACCUGGAUAAAAAUAUUUUUUUAAAAAAAGCUACUCUUGGCCAAAAACAACGAUGCGAAGUACCUCCGCACCAAAUAUAAUAAUAUAAUUCUCAAAAUUAAAGUGAGAACAUAAGAUAAAAUAAAUGAUCAAUCCAGACAUCCAGACACCGAUAACAUCAAGAAUUUUAAAAUUAUAAACACAUCUAAACCAGAUCACUGAAUAAAAAGUACUCACUCCGUA